CGAAGAAAGCGAAGGGUUCGAGAACUCUCUUGGAUGCUAAAAUAAGCCGACUUUCGUGCUAUCGUGCGCCACACAUGGGAGGAGAUGUGACCGGAGCGACCACCAGCACUGCUCUCACUGCUGCGGCUCCGUUCGGCAACGCCGUCGGAGGUGGCUUGGCGGAGCCGCAGUAUGUGUCGGCGAAGACGUCGGUGUGGUGGGACAUUGAGAACUGUCAUGUGCCCAAGGGUUGCGACCCGCACGCGAUCGCGCAGAACAUAAGUUCCGCGCUAGUGCAGAUGAAUUAUUGCGGUCCCGUUUCCAUCUCCGCCUACGGCGACACCAAUCGGAUCCCGGCGUCUGUCCAGCAGGCACUUUCAAGCACUGGCAUCGCGCUCAAUCACGUCCCUGCCGGUGUCAAAGAUGCUAGUGAUAAAAAAAUUCUAGUUGAUAUGCUGUUCUGGGCAGUGGACAACUCUGCUCCUGCAAAUUAUCUGUUGAUUUCUGGCGAUAGAGAUUUUUCUAAUGCUCUUCAUCAGUUAAGGAUGAGGAGAUAUAAUAUUCUUUUGGCACAACCAAAUAAGGCAUCAGCAGCACUUAUUGCUGCAGCUAAGAGUGUGUGGCUUUGGACAACCCUUUCAGCUGGAGGGCCACCUCUAUCAAGUGGUGAAUCAUCUAAGCUUGCUAACAGUCAUGGUACCUUCAAUUCUGAAAUGUCAUAUAACCCGGUUCCUGAAUUUGUUCAAUAUAGCCAACCAAUGUUCUUCAAUUCUGAAAGCCUUCAUUUUGCAAAUCAAAAUUCUUCUACCCUUGGAAGGAAUGGUGAUAACAAAUAUAAAGGGAAACAUAUUCAGAAAACUCCAUAUCAGGCAAGCAUAUCUAAAGCCUCAAGUGCGCCGAUUAUCACUCAAGAAAAUAAGAACAGUUAUCCUUACCAGCUAGACCAUGCACAAGCAAAGCCGUUUAAGAAAGCACCGCAUGAGUUCUUUGGUGGCAGUGAGCCUGCUGUUUCUGCAAGCAAGUCUACUCCCAAUUUCUUCCCCAGCAAUGGUGACCUGUCUGGGAACAAUGGCAAUAGUUUUAUGGGAGUUCCUCAAAAUCCUCAUCCGAAUUCUUUCAGGUCUGGUAAUCUUCCCCUGCAACCUACUGUUAUGCAAGAUAAUCCACUACCUCCUAGUUCUCAGAAUCAUGGAUUUCACCCAAUUCCUCCUAGAGCAGAAGGCCCUAGAUUUUCUGCACCCCCUCUCCAAAAUAUGCCUGAUAUUGGCAAGCUAAGUAUGUCUGAAUAUCCUAACUAUGCGCAACACCGUUCUAAUUUCCAUCAGCGAUAUGGAGAGGAGUACAAAACAAGCUCUAUUGAGUUGCCAAAUCAACCUAGUCUUAGCGUACAACAGAAGAGCCAUAUGCGACCAACUGGCCAAGCAGUUAAGCAUGAUCCUUUUAGUCAUAGGUAUCCCCGUGGUCCUGACUUUCGACCACCACCACCAUCACCACCACCCUCUAUGGCUGGCACUGCACCUAAUAAUGGUUUAUGGGGAACUCAAGGAUGUUCACCACCUUCUGAAUAUGUGCAAGGCCUUAUUGGUGUUAUCUUACUUGCUUUAAACACACUGAAGAAUGAGAAAAUUAUGCCUACUGAAGCAAACAUAACCGAUUGCAUUCGUUAUGGAGAUCCUAAACACCAGAAUACAGAUGUAAGGAAGGCUUUGGAUAAUGCAGUUGAGCAACAUAUGGUAGUGAAGCAAAGUUUAGGUGUUGUGCAGUUGUAUGUUGGUAGAAAUGAGAAACUAUGGAAGUGUGUGAAUCCCAUAGGUGGGAAUCCUAUUCACUAUCCAAAGACAACAUGGGAUAGAAUACAGAAGUUUUUAACCUCCACUGAAGGAAAAUCUGCAAUAAUGGCUUCUCAGUGCAGAUAUGAAGCAGCUUUGGCUCUAAAAAAGGCAUGUUUGGAAGAACUUGCUUUGGGUGAUGUUCUCCAGAUCUUGAAUAUGAUAGUUGCUGUGAAGAAAUGGAUUAUUAAUCAUCCAUCUGGAUGGCAACCCAUUAAAAUUACCCUUGCAGAGACUAAAACUGAAGCAGAUACUGGAGAGUGGCUCUAAGUCAAUAGGACAAGGGUGAUUCUGAAAGAACUACAAUUACUUAUUAACUAGAAAGAUACUGGUAGAGAGCAACUUUUUCUUCAUAAAAUCAACUAGUUAGGCUUUUUAGUUUCUGUGUUUCCUUUUUUUUACCUCUUUUAGUUUGCUGGGAACCUUGAUAUGCAUCUGCUGAACAAUGACAACCGGUUUGGGUGCGAAAGAGGAUGGUGAGGAGGCUUAAGACUGAAGGUCACAUUAGAGUGUAAUUUUUCUGGAGCUGAGUCAAAGUAGAGCAAGCGUGUACCUUCCCUGCAUCAUAGUCCACUCUUUGAAGGUUGUUUGUGGCUCCAUUGUUAACCAUGUUGCUCGAGUGCAUUAGUACCAGAAAAAGCUAAAGCCGUACUUCCAUCCAGUAUGAUAUGUUCAUGGAGGGGUGGCAAUCAUUGUUUUUGUGAUUCCUCAAGCUGGUUAUGUAGCUCCAGUAACCAGGUUAUUCUUCUUCAGCUUCUCCACAGCAUAAUAUUUGUGCAGACUUAUUAAACUACAAAGCUCUUGAAUGAGAUCUGAAUUGGAUAUUAGCCAAGGCUUUAAGGUCUUGAUUAGCAAGUUCUUAGUUACUACAGCAUGGGACUUAAUAUUUUACUCAAGUGUAUGGAAGGAAAAAGCAGAAAAGGGGAGCAGCUUUAUGGAUGUUAAUGAAGCUUUCAAGUUAUCUCUGCAUUCUUUUGUUUUUGAUUUUUGGCUGCUAAUUCCUUGGCAGUCACUACAUGUAUGUGAAGGAGUUUUAUUAAAUCUAUAACUAUGCGUUACCUUCUGGUGGCUGGAUCAUGGUGGACAUGAUCAUAAAUAUAUCUACUGUAAUGAUGGCACUUUAAUUUAAAGUUGGUCUUUUUUUCUAUUAUGAAAUGAAAACGUGGAUGACUU